CAGAAGUGAAGAAGAAGAAAACAGAAGUGUCACUUGAAAACGUCGUCUUGUCAUACGUCAAAACAAAAUUAAUACUGCUAUAAGUUAUUUAAUAAUUACUUACUCCCACAUUUUAUUAAAUUAUUUCAUUACAAAGUAAUCAUGUCCUCACGAGUUUUAAGAAAAUUGCAAGGUGAUAAAGACAAAGAAUUAGCAGAUGAAGUAUCUGAUACAGAGACAGAUACUCCUGUAUCUGGAGGAGCAAGAAGAAAACAGUUAAAUAUAAAUCGUUAUGACUUGUUGAAUCAACACUCCCAUUCUGAAAGCGAAGUGAAAGAAGAUGAUAAUGAAACAGAGGCUGCUAAAUCAUGUGAAGGAGGAGAUUCCCAUGACAUAAAAAGGAAAAAGAAAAAGAAGAAGAAAAAA